CGACGGGUAAGACGCACAUUCGCGCUUCCUGGACUGGAGGAAACAUAGAGUCAAAAUGGGUCACACAGGUUUGGAGAAGAUAGUUGCACUGCAGAAGAAAACAUCUCACAUCAGGAACCUGUGCAUUCUUGCUCAUGUAGAUCACGGGAAGACGACACUGGCAGACUGCCUGGUGGCGAGUAAUGGCAUCAUAUCCAGUCGUUUAGCAGGAAAGCUCAGAUAUCUGGACAGCAGGGAGGACGAGCAGAUCAGGGGAAUCACCAUGAAGUCCAGCGCUAUUUCACUGCAUUAUACCACAGGAGGAAAGGAGUACCUCAUCAAUCUGAUCGACUCUCCCGGUCAUGUGGACUUCUCCUCGGAGGUGUCCACUGCCGUCAGACUGUGUGACGGGGCCAUCGUUGUUGUGGACGCUGUGGAGGGAGUGUGUCCGCAGACACAAGUCGUUUUACGACAAGCUUGGCUGGAGAAUAUUCGCCCCGUUCUUGUCAUCAACAAAAUUGACCGGCUGAUCGUGGAGCUGAAACUCACGUCUCAGGAGGCGUACGCUCACCUGCAGAAAAUACUGGAGCAGGUGAAUGCCGUUACAGGCACGUUAUUCACCUCUAAGGUCCUGGAAGAGCGAGCGGAGAAAGACGCAGAAGCCCAGAGCAGCUGUACAGAGAACGACGGCGGAGAUCAGGUCUACGACUGGAGCGCGGGUUUAGAAGAAACCGACGACUCUGACCUCUACUUCAGUCCUGACCGCGGAAACGUGGUGUUUGCCAGCGCUAUAGACGGCUGGGGCUUCAGCAUCCGUCAGUUUGCAGAGAUGUACAGUCAGAAAAUGGGCAUCCGCUCUUCGGUUCUCCUCAAGACCCUGUGGGGCGAUUUCUACCUCAACGCCAAAGCCAAAAAAAUCAUGAAGGGAGCUCAGUCCAAAGGAAAGAAAGCUCUGUUUGUGCAGCUCGUCCUGGAUAAUAUCUGGAGUAUGUACGAUGCUGUGGUCACUAGAAGAGACAAAGAAAAAGUGGAGAAGAUGGUGAGCUCUCUGGGGUUAAAGGUCAUGUCUCGUGACCUGAGACACUCAGACCCCAAAGUGCUCCUCAGUGCCAUCUGCAGCCAGUGGCUUCCAGUGUCUCAAGCCGUACUCUCAAUGGUGUGUGAAAAGCUGCCCAGCCCAGCUGAGAUCUCGGCUGAGAGAGUGGAAAAGCUGAUGAGUGUGGGAGCGCGCAGGUUCGACUCUCUGCCCGAGCAAACGCAGGAGCUAAAAAAGGCAUUUCUAGAUUGUUCGGCUGAUGAGACGGCGCCGGUAAUCGUCUUCGUGUCAAAGAUGUUUGCUGUGGACUCCAAAGCUCUGCCGCAAAACAAACAGAGGCCGCUGACUCAGGAGGAGAUCACCCAAAGAAGGGAACUGGCCAGACAGAGACACGCUGAGAGACAAGCUGCCAAUCAGAGAGCAGAGACCCCCGGGUCAGCCGAUGCUGGAGGGGCUUCAACCCCAGCGGCCCUGGCCAGCAGUGCUGUCACAGAUGCUCUGUGCGCGCAGACAGAGGCUCUUUCGGUCAAAACUGCAGUCGAGGAGGACAACAAAGAGCAUUUUGUGGCUUUCGCACGAGUCUACAGCGGUGUCCUGAGAAAAGGCCAAAAGGUGUUUGUGCUUGGACCCAAAUACGACCCGUCGAUGGCGCUCAGAUCGCUGCCUGAGGGUUGUUCAGUAGCGGACGUUUUACCCAGCGUCCCUCACAUGGCCUGCUGUACCGUGGACAGCCUCUACCUGCUGAUGGGCCGUGAGCUGGAAGAACUGGAUGACGUUCCCUCAGGAAAUGUUCUCGGUAUUGGUGGAAUGGAGGAAUUCAUUCUCAAAUCGGCCACCAUCUCAACAUCUCCGGCCUGCCCGCCCUUCACGCCGCUCAACUUUGAAGCUACGCCCAUCGUCAGAGUAGCAGUCGAACCCAAACAUCCAAGUGAGAUGCCAAAGCUGGUGCGAGGGAUGAGGUUACUGAACCAGGCCGACCCGUGUGCCGAAGUGUUGAUUCAGGAGACAGGAGAGCAUGUUCUGGUCACUGCAGGGGAAGUGCAUCUACAGCGCUGCCUGGAUGACUUAAGAGAGAGGUUUGCUAAAAUUGAAAUCAGCGCAUCCAAACCAAUCAUCCCGUUCCGCGAGACGGUGAUCCGGCCUCCCAAAGUAGACAUGGUGAACGAGGACAUGGGAAAGCAGCAGAAGGUGGCGGUGAUUCACCAGGUCAAGGAGGAACAAACCAAGUAUCCCGAAGGCAUCCAUGUGGACUCCUCCGGUCUGGUCAUGCUCACCACCCCUAACAAGAUGGCCACUGUCGGGGUGCGGGCUAUUCCUCUUCCUGAGGAAGUCACCCGCCUUCUGGAGGACAAUGUGGAGCUCAUCCGCACAAUGGAGCAGUUCAGCCUGUUCGCCCGGGAGGGCAAGACUCUGGACAUCAACCAGAAAAUCCUGGAGAACAUCCAGGACUUCAAGGUGAAGUUGGAGAGCAACCUUCAAGGCCGCAAGUGGAGGGGAGCCGUGGAGCGUAUCUGGGCAUUUGGUCCGCGCCGCUGUGGGCCAAAUAUUCUCCUCAACAGCGUCGAGGGCUACCGGAGACCCUCCGUGUGGCAGUGUCUGGAACGAGAGAAAGAAACCGAAAAGGCAGAGAUCAGAGACUUUGACAACAGCAUUGCCAGUGGCUUCCAGUUGGCCACGCUUUCUGGUCCCAUGUGUGAGGAACCCUUGAUGGGGGUUUGCUUCUCUGUAGAGAGCUGGGACAUGAAGCUUUCUGCCGCUCUAGCGCAGCAAGACUCAAUCGAGGAGGAUUCCCAGCCAGCAGAGCAGAAUAAUGACAAGCAAAGUGAGAGUUGUGAGGCUCUCGAGACGAACGCCUCCUCGGCGGGCUCUAAUCGAAGCAGGAGCAGAGUGGAGGCCGCUGGGAGUUCGGUGGACUGCUAUGGGCCGUUCUCAGGCCAGCUCAUCGCUGCUAUGAAGGAGGCCUGCAGAUACUCUUUCCAAGCUAAACCUCAGCGGCUGAUGGCGGCCAUGUAUACAUGCGAAAUCAUGGCCACUGCUGAGGUCCUGGGUCGUGUGUAUGCCGUUUUGUCCAAGCGGGAAGGAAGAGUCCUCCAAGAGGAGAUGAAGGAAGGGACAGACAUGUUCAUCAUUAAAGCUGUACUUCCUGUUGCCGAGAGUUUCGGAUUCGCUGACGAGAUCAGGAAAAGGACGAGCGGCCUGGCCAGCCCGCAGCUAGUGUUCAGCCACUGGGAGGUCAUCAGCAGCGAUCCGUUCUGGGUUCCCACCACUGAAGAGGAGUACUUGCACUUUGGCGAAAAAGCAGACUCGUCCAAUCAGGCUCUGAAGUACAUGAACGCCGUUCGCAGACGCAAAGGCCUCUACGUGGAGGAGAAGAUCGUAGAGCACGCGGAAAAACAGCGCACUCUCAGCAAGAACAAAUAAAGCGCGAAGCACCUUUUCUAAACGUAGUGCGCCGAUACACUGUAUGUAAGGGUGGCUUGUGGUUCAUUGACUUAUUUGGCGUCUCUCUCUCUCUCCACCGCCCCUUCAUCUGACUUUAUAUCAUCAGUCUCUAAUGACCAAUCGGCUGAAACUGAGCGGAUAGCGAUUCGGUCAUUAUCUUCAGAAAUCGACAUGUACUUUUAAAAUCAGUUUCCUUCAUAAUGGAUCUCACGAUUUCCCAUUGCGAAACGGUUAAGAAGCCGACGUUCAAAAUGUUAAUGUAUUCGGCGACUGAACCUCAUCCACUAAUAUCGUACUCCAGCAUUGCUGCGUUACGUUUAUCUGCGCUCAUCUAUUGUACGAUUGUGCCGCUCUAUUAAGCAAUUAGUGCGCUCUGCAACCUAAUGCUGUGAAUAUUAUACAGCGACUGAAGUCAAUUCCACAGUUCGAGACGUUUUUUGGACCAGACCGAAGCAAUAGAUUGUCUGAGUCUGGCGCGCACCGAUUUUCCUUCUCGGUUCAGUUCUUAAACAGCCGUUCCUUUCUCAGUUCUUUAGGACAGGAUUCAAUUCUACGAUUAAAGGGACGCGCUUUCGGAUCACCUUACGUAUUUGGGAUCUCGCGCCGUUGCAUAAUUUAAGAGUCCUCUUGAAAUACAGUUUCAAUUAGUUCGAAGCAAAAUGAAUUCCACCAUCGCUCCCUUUUGGUUUAGCAACGCUUAAACCCUCGAUUUAAUUUGCUUCGCUUGCGUCGGGAGAAGGAUUUGAGUUCUUUAAUAAGGAAGAGCAAUCCCAGAAUGCCGCACGCGUGUGAAAUCGCCAACAAGAUUUAGGAAAUAAACUUGACUGAACACACAAA